CACCACCUCGUCUCGGACCCAAUCAAAGCCUGCCAGCUGUCGCGCGCGCGCCUUCAACUUGGCUGGCCGACCCGUAGAGUCGCCCCUCUGCGGACCGAGUAGCCUUUCGCCUCCUUUCUCUAGGCUGCUCUGGCUGCCUCUCAUCGGGCUGCAUUGCGCGAGCUCCUGCGCUGCGCCGUGCCGCAACGACCUGCACUGCACUUCGCUUCGUUCCCGCCGUGCGUCUCUCUGCAGCUGUGGAUCUCGGUACCGGUUAGUCCAGCCAACCUCUUCAUUCUUGCCUCCAUUUCUCCUGUUUCCCUGCUUCCUCCUGAUCUGCUCCUGUCCAUGACGCCUGUCACUCGUGCUUUGAUUCAUAUGCGAGGCUAUUCCCUUCCCACCCUCGUCGCCCCUCUGUUCCCCUGGUCGACAUAUCGAGACUGAACCAAUCCCCUAGUCUCAGCCGUGGACCCUGCUUCGACUAUCCCCUUGAAAGUCUGUGCUGGGCCGCAUGGCGUCCUCCGAGGUUGACCAAAAGUUUCUCGGCAAGCUGGCCAAAGCUGUCGAGAAUGACAAUCCCCUCCUGGCCUCGAUGCUCUUUAAGAUUCUGGGCUUGUCUCUGAAUCUUGCUGAGCAGCUUGUCGCAGCAAAGAAGCAGCGCCGUCCCGACUAUGAGCCAUCCCCCAAUGCCGUGCGUCGCAUCUUGCGCAUCAUCUGGCUCUCCCGCGAGGGCAGGACAAUGCUCGAGCAGUACGUCAUUCCCAUGGUUGGAAACUAUGGUGAACUCAAGGUUCUCGCCUACAAGCUUCGUGCUUCUUUCUCUCACAUCUAUGCCCUGUUUGGCAACCAACCUGUAGUGUCAAACUUGGGCAGGUAUACGCCAGACGUCACAGCUACUCUGACGCCACAGUUGGACAAGGGAAAAGGACGAGCCAUUGACUUGGAGGCUGACUCGAGACCUUCUUCGGUACAACCGACUCACCCUCUUGAGGGAGGCCCUGUUAUGCCGCCUCCAGGAUUCGAGGACCGAAGCAUGCCUCUCUCCCCCAGCUUUCUCAUUCCAGCCAAGGACUAUCUCCCAGAGGCAAAACAGCACUUCCUCGAGGCCAUCCACCUUGCCGACUCUCUUCUUUGGGGAUCACACUCUCUCCGACUCUCAGUCAAGACUGAGUAUGCCGCCUUCUUGUACGAAUGUGUCCACGACGCCGAGGCAAGCCGGAAGCUCGCCAAGGACACCAUCGCGGAAGUUUAUGAAGCUACCGAAGGAAUGGACGACGACAUGUUUGGCGACGCUUGCGAAUUGGUUACGGUCCUUGGCAAGAUGAUGAAGCGUGGUCUCGGGUCCAGUGGCAACCUGCGCGGUAGCAGAGCGUCGGCAUCAAACCAGAGCCCUGCGCCUGGAAUUACCGCAGUCCCCGGGAUGGAGAACCCUAUAUGA